AUGCCCUGCACAUGGAUAACUUCUGAUCUUCAGCUACUACUGAUUUUGACUCUCUUCUUAGUUGCAGAAUGCAUAAGUGCAGUAAUGGAAGAUCUUGUUACAUCAAACAACUCAUUAAUGCAGCAGAUGGUCAAGGUUAAUUACAGUUGGGCUUCAACAAUUACUUCAUCUAUGGACAGAAAGCAGAGCACUGUAACACCCCCUGCAGAAGUUAACACUUCACUAUCAGUACUAGUGGGUACAAAGACUGUGCUCUCCUGCCCUCUUGUGCUGUGGACAAGUAUACUGCUAACAACAUGGGAAAUAGUCCUCAGAGACAAGUUGCCCUGCUUCAGAGCCUUCAGGGGUGAUACAAAUGAGACCAAGGGAGGAAAUUGUACCGAUGAGAGAAUAACCUGGGCCUCCAGACUUGACGAGAAUCCUGCCCUUCAGAUUGAUCCAGUGGCCAUCACUCAUGAUGGGUAUUACAGGUGUCAAAUGGUAAUACCUAAUGGGAAUUUCCAUCGUGGAUAUCACCUCCAAGUGUUAGUGCCCCCUGAGGUGACCCUGGUUCAAACUGAGAAUGGAACUGCAGUGUGCAAGGCAGUUGCAGGAAAGCCAGCUGCACAGAUCUCCUGGACCCCAGAGGGAGAUUGUGUCACUGAGCAAAAACGUCAUUGGGGCAAUGGCACAGUGACCAUCCAGAGUACAUGCCACUGGGAGGGCCGCCGUGUACCUAAUGUGUCCUGCUCUGUCUCCCACUUGACUGGCAACAAGAGUCUGUCCAUAGAGCUGGAUCAAGAUGCCAAAGCAUCAGCACCCUUAAGAAUUUUACGUAUCGUCUCCCCUAUUUUUAUUAUCUUGGUCAUCAUUGGAUCCAUUUGGCUUUUGAAAAUCAGUGGCUGCAGAAAAUGUAAAUUGAAAAAAACAGAACAUACUUCAGUUGUUGAGGAGGAUGAAAUGCAGCCCUAUGCCAGCUACACAGAGAAGAACAACCCACUUUAUGAUACUACAAACAGGGUGAAGAUGUCUAAGGUGUUACAAAGUGAAGUUGAUGGGAUGAGUCUCCAUACUGUAUAUAUUCCUGAAGUGUAG